CGAUGCCUUUGUGAUGGAGCGUUUCGAACAUUUUUGAUGGAUGGAUAUUUCAAUUGCUGCACGUUCUUUGAUCUAUCUAGCCGAAUAUUUGCAAUGCUUAACAACAAUGUUCAAAGAAAAUGGGAGCGGAAUGAGCGUCAAUAAUUCUUCAACGUCUGUCGGUUUCAAUCAGCAGAGUAAAAUCAUGGAGGAAGUGAUGAUGAAUGGAAAUAUACCGAUUCCUGCUCCAGGUCGAGGAGGGAUGAUGAGUGGAGGAGGAGGAGUUGUACCUCCAGCAUUGCUCGACGAAUCGCGAGUGCCACAGUUUUACCGAGAUGCAAUCACAGCCUGUGGUGCCACCCAGGCUCACAUGCUUCCUCACACAGCUUUAGUCUAUAACUUGAUGGUUACGUCGGGUCUACCUCGUCCGGUUCUCUCAUACAUAUGGUCGGCGGUGAACCGGACCUUGCCCGGACAGCUGACUAGAUCAGAGUUUUUCUCGUGUUUAGCGCUUAUGGCUUUGGCUCAGAAGGGUGAAUCUUUGGCCGCCCUUUCUACGAUGCCAUCUCUGCCAAUCCCUUUCCUUCAAUCAGUCCAGAUACCAUCUUCACAAACGCUUUCUUCCCCAAUCGUGAAUGUAUCAAAACCGCCAGCAGCAGCUGCUGCUAAGGAGCACCGCCACUCUUCGUUGUUUAUACCCACCUCGCUUUUAUCAGGGAGGCGUAACAGUAAGAAGAAAGAAGUGGAUCUUAUCGGAGAUGCAGCGUCAUUGCCCAACCCAUCGCCAAAAUCACCUAGUGCGAAUGAAGGGACUGUGGCUCCACAGCAGAAUGUAGCUGGUUCGUCACUAACCAAUUCGCAUGCUUCUACCUCUUCUCAACCAGCGGCGCUAAAUGACUUAUGCAGCAUCGAUUGGUCCUGCGUGCCACCACCUCAGUCUAGUACUCCUCAAGAAGUGGGCUCAUCCUAUACAACAGAUUCUUCGAAGAGCGAAGAAGAUGCAUCAACUGCAUCUCGCUUCUCAAUGGGUUGUUCUACAGCAUCUGAGAUCAACGGAGCAACUGACCCUUCUCCUGCAGUAUCUGCAGAAGUGAUAGAUUGCUGGCAGAAGAUGGUGACUGCUGCAGUAGAUAUUUUUAAUACCGCAGAUAACCUGCUGGGGACAGCGACUGAUGAGGUUUUGAAGGAACUCGCAGAAACGGAGCGAGGUGAUGGUUAUCUCAGGUGUUUGAAUCAUCUCUUCUUCGUUGUAUGUCGCCUUGAGCGAUCAGCCAGUGCUGACUUACCUCAAAGAUACCUCAAUGAUAUCGCCAAAUGUGGAAAAAUUUGGAAGCGAUUGGGUGUUUUUAUGGUGGGUCAACCUGAAAAGGACGAGAGCUCGGAACAAGACGGAAAAAAAUGUGCGAUUUGCUAUCAACCAGUUUCGAAUGCAGUAUUUUUUGGUGGACAAACAUAUCAUUCGGAAUGUGCUAACCUAUGGGUAAAUGACAUCAACUCUAUGCUUCCGAAUAUGCAUCUAGUCUCUUGAGUCAGAUUUCUCCGUUCUUGUAUGAUUAUUUUCGUUAGACACUGAUAAAUCACUUUGCCAUUGCCAGCCCUUCGGCUGUCAAGCUUUAUUCACAUUCUUAAUCUGUUUUUCUUGUUCUUGCUUUCUAGGGCAUUUCUUGUACAGAACUUCUUAGCUUCACUUGAUUUUUCAUUUCACCUUUCACUAGUCUAUUUAUCUACGGAUUCGAAGUACAGCUAUUACAUGCUUGGUGUCUGGUGUAAAGCUUGUUUUACAAUUAUUCUAUUGGUUUUUGCUACUUUAUGAAUCUUUCAAAAAAGAACCAA